AUGAGCCGUGGAAAUUGGAGCUUCAAAGCAUACCAGUUGAGGAAAGAUGGGAGCAAGAGCGAUAGAAUUGCCGGCUCCGUCUUGGGUGCUGUGGUUGUGGGUGUGGAUGCUGUCACAAGCCCCGACCAAAUCUCGUGGUUCACUCUAGGCUGGCACGUCGACAAGAAGAAGAUUGUUCUCUUGCUCAAUAUCCUCGAGAAAGCUUCUCAUCUCGCCACGCUGUCUUCCACGUUGACCCGGAAGUCAACUGUUAGUGAAGCAACUGGCGUUGAAGUCCAAAGCGUGGGCCAGAUGGACACUGAUGAUAAUGGCGACAGCAAGGUGGAUAAGUAG